AUGGCUUCCACCUUCUUAGGCCGGCUCUUUGGCCAGGUCUCCUUCUACUCGUUCGGCUUCUUCAACUGGUGCCUCUUCCUGGGCCUGUUUGUGAAAAAUGGAACCUUCUUCAGGAAGGAUACUGAGCAAGAGAAGCUACAAUAUGCAAUUGAAAGAGAUCGCUUUUGGAACCUGACCAAGUCACCUCUCCCUGGCUUCAAGCACUUCUUCUACACCCUCCGCAACGACCUCAGACUCCACUAUAUCAGCAACCGAGAUGGAGCGUCACAGGGCAACCUGGUAAUUUUCUUGCAUGGAUUUCCUGACAGUUCGAUGAUGUGGAGACAUCUGAUGCAAGAGCCGGCCAUGCCAAUACGCGAUGCUACCCUCGUGUGCGUCGAUUUACCUGGCUACGGGGGGAGCGACAGUUUCAAGAAGUACGAUACAGAAGUUCUUGAGGCUCUCACGGAAUUUGUCGUUGCCAUGAGGGACAAGUACAUCCCGACGGAGGACUCGGACGAGACUAGCACAUUCAUCGUGGGCCAUGACUGGGGCUGUGUUCUCGGGUUCCGUCUGGCUGCAGAAGCUGCUUCUCUUGCCGACCGCUUCAUUCUGACCAACGCGCCGCACGUUCAACUUGCCUUUGCCAAUAAGGAUCGCAUCCUGAACUCCGCUUCGAAAAUCUUCAAACAGUUCAAGCACUCUCCGAAACAGAAUUUUGGGUGUUUGUCUAAGGCCCUGAACACGUUGAAGCCAUUGAUGGUGCAAACAAUGUUAAUGGGCUACAUUUUCGCAUUCCACCUGCCAUCGAUCUUUGUCAGGUACCUGGGCGUUGCUGGGAACUAUUCGUUUAUCCGAGGUGCAAACUGGUCUUCGUACGGAAGAGGCUCAAAGGAAUAUCGUUCUCCGGAAUGCAUGGCCUCUUCGUUUGGCCCCGGCCCAGAGGAGUGCAAGACAUCGAUUCCGGCCGUCAACGGUGUUGCCAAUACCACCAAUGGAGAAACACAGGCAAACAGCUAUGGCGCCAGUGUGCUGCAACGAGCUCGAUCUCCUCAAGAGGCUUUCUGGAAUAUGACCGGCUAUUAUCGAGAUGGGGUGGGUUGGCGUCCAUGGGCCAAGUCACUGGAAACAAUCACCGACCUCUACGCUCUGGAGACCUCGGCAUCGGAAUCCAGUUCGCCCGGCCGACGUCGGUCUUCAGUCUCGCAGUCUCUGUUUGUCGACCAAUACAAGGGAAGUCUCAAAGCACCUACGUACGUCCUUUGGGGAGAGAAAGAUCAGGCUUGUUCCAAACCGAUCUGUCUGGACGGAAUUGGAGACUAUCUGAACAGAGACAGUGAAGUGACGCUCCUUCCGCGAAGCGGUCAUUGGACUCCAAUUCAGAAAGAUGCUCGGCCGGCCCUUGCCACCGUGAUUGGAUUGUUUGCUGGAAGAGGCGCAAUGCCUGUGGCAAAAAUGACCACCGAGGUGCAGAAAGUGUAUGAGGGGGCGGUUUUGAUGGUGAAGAAAUGA